AUUUCCAUAGUCUGUCAAACGGACACAGAGCGUCUCAACGAAACAUUCGAGCGAAGCGUGUCGCCAACUCCGUGAUUUAUCGGGCGGCACUCGACGUUCUGACCUGGACACGAAACGUGCUAAUCCAACAGCUUUGUGCGACGCUGACCGGACCACCGCUCUUCCCCAAACAUGGGCACCGGUCAAAGCGCUGCGCACGUCACCAGUUCGUCAGUGAGCACCCGCUACCCCUCGGCGACCUACCUCAACCUCGAGCCCCGCAGUCAGUCCGAGCUACUGUGGCCGGUAGAACCACGUCCCGUAGCGUCCCCGCCUCCGCGACCAGCGAGCCGGGACGUCCCGUCGCCACCUUCGCCUUCUAAGGCCACCCGUGUGCCUCUCGUGCAGACCGUGCACGUACAGGAAGGCCACGCGCAAGACAGCAACGGUCAACGCCACCACUCUGUGAGAGCCGACAGCCCCAUGCCAAAAACCCAGCUCGACCAGCCCAUGCUCCGGUGGGACGAAGAGAGAGGUCCAGUCCUGGACCUGGACAUGGCCUCUGGACACUCGGCACAUCGGGAGGACCUGGACAGCCAGAUACGUGAAAUCGAAGAGAACACGGACGGUAUCCUCGAAGACAUCGAAGACGAGUGCUUCGACAGUCAGGUCGAAGAGCAGACGACGACGACAACUACGACCGUCAGUCUUCUGGGAGUUCCUGCGGUCAAUGGAAGAGGUGCCGUGCCAGCUUCCAACUUUUUGCCACGGGGGGAUAAUAAGUUUGACAAGAAGGUGUUUGUGGACAAGGAAGGGUUCUUGCCUUUGGGAAGGCCUCAGCUUCCUCCGACGAGGUCGACACAUACCAGGAGAGCCUCCGUGCCCAGAGAAAACGCGCUGAGGAACAAGCACCGCAAGUUUCUCAGUCGAACCACGGUGCCGGACGCACGAGGCCCUCAGCAACCGGGUGCUACCACCGUUGUGAACAGGAUUCGAGAACAAGCGCAGAGGCGACUGAACACCACCCAGCUGUCCAUGAUGACGCAUCAGUCCAGGAGACAAGAUGCCGAGCUGUGGUCACCUGAUCCCGAAUUUGAAGGCAGCUUGGAUUUCGAAAAAUAUCGCCGAGCGAACUCAAGGAUGUCGCAGGAACAUGUAGCUACGGAAUCUCACUUGUUGGAAACUGGUCCCCAAAAUAAAGAAAGUCCUCACCAAUGGCGACUGAAUUCCAACGAAACCGGAUCGAAAGUUCACCAGCCGACGGGCCACACCAAUUUUUUAAAGCCUUUGGAAUAUGACUUGACGGAAGAGCUUAUCCUGGAAGACAUAGAGAAAGAAUUUUCCUAGCCUAACAACCUUCCAGGACCUGGAGCCGUUUUAGACGAAUACACUUUCUUUCAGCCCUUUUAGUACUUCCAUCUAAAAGUUUAUUAAACAUUUUUUGGAUGGGCUCAA